UGUGUGUGAGAGAGAGUGAGUGUGUGUGUGUGCGCAUAUUUAAUGUAUAUAAAAGUGUUGACAGAACAGAACUGUUAGAAAAGAGUUUAAAUCUAAACCUUUGUAGUUCAGUUCAUUUAUACGGAUCUGUUCAAAGGGAGUCGAAUCGAAUCAAAGUGACUCAGGAUGUCAGUAUGGAAGCUGAGUAGGAAGUUAAGUACAGUGAGUUUUCCCACAUUGUUGCCUCUCAUUAUCUGUGUUCACACGGCGGAUCUCUCCUCCUGUGAGGUGUGGUUAAACCGGACCUCCGCUCAAAACCGGACCACGAGACGCGCGUGAACAGCUGUGGCUCCGUCCGGUUCCUCCACGCGCUCACGACAGACCUCCACUCAGGUGUGUGUUACGGCUGCGGUGAUGCAGGAUCUCUCUCAGGAUGGUUCCUGGUCCAUCGUCUUCGUCUCCUUCAUGGCUCAGCUGCUGGCGUAUGGCUCUCCCCAGGCGGUGGGCGUUCUUUACCCUGAGUGGCUCAACACCUUUCAGGAGGGCAAGAGCACUACCGCCUGGGUUGGAUCUACUGCCCUGGGAGUGGGGCUCAUCGCCGGACCACUGUGCAGUGCGUGUGUCGAUAGUUUUGGUGCCCGGCCCGUGACCAUCUUCAGUGGUGUAAUGGUAGCAGGAGGUUUAAUACUUAGUGCCUUCGCGCCCAACAUCAUCUUCCUCAUCUUCAGCUAUGGAAUUGUUGUUGGUCUGGGUUGUGGGCUUGUCUAUGCAGCCACAUUGACUAUCGUCUGUCAGUAUUUUGAUAAGAGGCGUGGCCUUGCCUUGGGCAUCGUUACCACAGGAACCAGCGUGGGCGGCUUUAUCUACGCUUCUAUGCAAAACAAGCUGAUUGAGCAGUAUGGAUUAGAUGGGUGUCUACUCAUUGUUGGUGGUCUAGCACUAAACCUGCUUGUAUGUGCUGGACCCAUGCGACCUUUGAAUCUUCCUGGCUACUACAUCGAAGAGAAGGCCACCCUGAAGAGUACACAGGAGCCUAUUUGUGACAAAGAACUUGAGACAGAGUCAUCAUUGGAACAUCAGACGCUGGUACGCAUCAUAAAAAAGCGCCUCCAGCCACACACCCAGUACAUAUAUGUCAUGUGUGAGUGCUUGCGAGAGCCCUCGUUUGUAGCACUCUGCAUCUCCAUCUUCCUGUACAGUCUAGGAGGAAUUGCUCCAGUACUCUUCAUAGAAGACGUGGCUCAGAGUGAGGGCCUCCUCGAGCACGUUUCAAACAUUCCUCUCGUCUCAAUCACGACUGCUGCAGCCGGAGUGGGCAAGCUGGCACUGGGCAUGCUGGCAGACAUGAGCUGGGUGAACAGCUUGCAACUCUAUGCCAUGACGGUGACUGCACUGGGUGCCACUUUGCUAGUGGUACCCAUGUGGAAGAGUUAUGCUGGGCUUCAGGUACUCUCGGCUUCCAUCGGCUUCUUUUCAGGCAACUGGUCAAUUACAUCCUACGUCACCACACGCCUCGUGGGCAUCGAGCGUCUUGGCCAGGCACACGGGCUCCUCAUGUGCUUCGGUGGCUUUGGAAUCAUUCUGGGACCUCCUGUCGUAGGAUCGUUCUUCGAUUGGACGCAGUCGUAUGACCUGGCGUUUUACUUUGCCGGGUGCUGUUUGGUAGCUGGUGGUACUGUUCCCUUCCUCGUAGCCUUGUUCUUUAGGAAUACAGCCAUCAAAGCGAGAGGUGUUUUGGGUGACCUUGAUGGUGACCUUGAACCAGAAGUCAAGAACUUGUCUGAAUGUAACACGGUCACUUCUGUGGAAUAAGGACUGUGUCUGACCAAGCUAGGGAUGAAGAACUAGCCUCCCUUACGUCUGCCUUACGUCUCGAGUGAUGACCGCAGUCCAGCUGACGGCCGAAAGCACACGCGCAUUCUGCAACAUGAAACGGUUUGUCGUACCUGGGACGGGUUUGUGGUCUAAACGGUAUGAUGUAAAGUUAAAAUCUGUCUCAAAUCACAUACUCCUACACUAGGAGUAGAAAAUAGAAUGUCUCAAAAUAGUAUAGGUUCUAUAGGCAUGUAUGAUUUUACCAUUUAGUGCACUAGUAUGCUGUAGAUUUUGGACAUAACUAAGCAAACUAACCUAGCUGCCUUUUCCCUGCAGUAGCAAUGCCGUUUGCAGAUAUGAAGCAAAGGAGCGGAAGUUUAAUAUACUUUGUUUGCAUUGUUUGUGUCUUAUCAACUACACUGCUUUGUUCGACCAAAGAGCCAAUCAGAGAUAUCUUUCUCCUGCAGCGCUGAUUCAACCUGCUCAACAGGUGCCUCUAUACUUUUAUUCAUUUCUUCUGUAUUUAGUUGCGUCCCAGAUGAUAUACUACACACUAUGCACUUGAACUACGCACCAUGUACACUAACGUUUAGUGCACGAAGGUUAGAAGAGUUGUAUCUCUCAAAGGACUUGUUACUAACAAUGCUUUACUAACCAGAAGUGUAAGCUGUGUCCCAGUCGAUGCCAAAUGACUUCAAACACAUGUAACACAACGUCGCUAGCUUUAGCAUUUAGAAUGCGCUGAUUUUGUCAGUUGAAGUGUCGAACAAUAAAUCACACAAUUACGGAAGCUAAUUGAAUCGAAACACCUCAGUAAGACGUCUCGUCCACCUGAGUGUUGUCGGUCAUCUGGGAGCAAACACCAUCCACCCCCACCCCCCUCUGUCCCUCUUCUGCUUUUACAUAAGCAAAGCUGAGAUUGUACGAAGUGUCCAACCUUCACACUUUGCUUUUUUUAAUUGAUUAAGUGCAUGAUCUGGCUUCUUAACAUGUACUUCGUCUUCUUCUUGACUCACUAUUUAAACUUCUCAACAGCACAGUGCAUAAGUAUACGAUUUAAAACGUACCUUUUCCUGUUAUUGUUUCUUUCUUUUUAACUUUUUCCUUUUUUUUACCCCGUAGCAAAUGCUAGACAGUUAGGCAUUUUUGUUUUUCGAUGUGUUAAAAUUCUUAGUCAUCAUGCUUGAUUUUUUAAUGUCUGUAUAUUACAUAUUUUAUAUCAAAUAUAAUUUUUUGACUAUAAAUAUUUUUACUGUGUUAUGGAUACUGAAAAAUAAGGAUUUUUUUUUGUUUCCUUUGGAAGUGGGUAGGAUUUGUCAAAAUUCCUUUGGCAGUUUCCAAAGAAAAUCUCACUAAUUCUACAUACUCCAAAGGAAUCCUGAACUAUCCUGACUACUCCCAAAGGAAUUUUGACAAAUCCCACCCAUUUUCAUAGGUAGUAGGCAAGACUGGUCUGCAUGUCAUUGGGAAAGGAUGGGAUUAGUCAUAAUUCUUUUGAAAAUGGUUGGGAUUGGUCAGAAUUCCUACCAAGAAGGUAUUCUGACCAAUCCCAACCAUUUUCAAUAGAAUGCCAAAUGACUUCAAACACAUGCAACACAACGUCUCUAGCUUUAGCAUUUUCAAUACGUUGAUACGCAGCAAUUUAAUUUUUUUAUGCAUGCAUGUUUAGAAAAAUUUCACUUUCAGUUCAAAAUGAUUUAUGUCUGUCUUCAUUAAUCUUUCUUAACUACCUCUCUUAAAUGCUAGGUAUCAUAGUACAAUUGUCAGUUUUUUUUAACAAAUUAAAAAAAAAGGAGAGCUACCUUCUGCUAUAUUUUUCAUUCUAAAUCCAAAGCUUAGGGAGAUUAGGUUUCUAUUCUCAGGGUGUACAUCUCAUACUUUUUUUAUAUUAAAACAAAAGUGUAUUUUGUAAUGUUUUCAGAAAUGUUCAGAAACGAUGGGUUAGAAUUCUCUUAUUACAAAAUAAAGCUUCAAGGGACGGGUUAGAGGGUCGGAUCGUGUGUUCCCUUUAAAAUAUCAACACUGAUGUCUUUAGUUUGUAAUAUAUCUUGCACCUAAAACUGUGUUUUUCAUACUUUUACUGAAGCACAUCCACCAGCUCAAACAUGACCAAAUAAAAAUUAUUUUAAAUAAGAAACAGCACAGACAAAAGCUAUAAAUUUACAGGCUGGUCCCUGGCUGGGUUAUUUAUUGUAUCUUUAUUUUUUUAAUACUACUUUUAG